AUGUUGUUAAAUAUUCACGACUCGUCGCAGCUGGCCGAUAGCCGACGGUUAGGAACCGUGCUCUUAUUCCUAUUAAUAGAACUGUUUUUCGAAGGUGCCGAAACUGCCUCACAAGCUGAAAUCGAUCGGCAUCUAGAAAUUGGUAGAGACUUCCUGGCCCGAGGUCAGCUUUCGGAUGCGUUAACGCACUAUCAUGCGGCAGUGGAGGGCGACCCGAACAACUACCUUACCUACUUUAAGCGUGGCACAGUUUACUUCGCCCUCGGGAAGGCCAAAUUUGCAAUUAGCGACUUUACGCGCGUGCUCGAUCUGAAGCCCGACUUUAUGGCGGCCCGGGCACAGCGUGGUUCCGUGUACCUGAAGAUGGGCGACUUCGAGAACGCCGAGAUGGAUCUGAUGGUGGUGCUGCGCAUGGAUCCACACAACCCGGAGGCAAACAUGCACUUUAGCCGCAUUGGACCGGCCCGCGACCAGUGGGUGUUGUGCGUGGAUUUGAUGGAACGGGGUGACUUUAACACGGCCAUCGCACUGCUAACACAGCUGCUCGAAGUGUGUCCCUGGUCGGUGCCGAUCCGGGAAUCGCGUGCCCAAAUGUACCUACGCAUCGGUGACAGGAUGGCGGCGGUAAGUGAUUUCCGCUCGGUGAACCGACUGUCCCACGACAGCACGGAAGGGUACAAUCAGCUGGCCCGCAUCCUGUAUGAUAUCGGUGAUUCUGGCGCGGCGCUGAAGGAGAUUCGCGAGUGCCUCAAGCUGGACCCCGAACACAAAGACUGCUUCCCGUUUUACAAAAAAAUCAAAAAGGUCGACAAAGUGUACGUGGAUGCACGGCAGGCACAGGAAGAGCAGCGAUACGCGGACUGUAUUGCCGGAGGCGAGAAGCUAGUCAAGCUGGAACCGGACGUACCGAUGAUUGUGUACAACGGUAAGCAGCUGCUGUGCAGCUGUCUGGUAAAGGAGGAAGAGUUCACCGAUGCUGUCGUACGGUGUCGGGAAGCGCUCGACAUCUAUCCCGAUCCGGAGGUGAUGUGUGACCGGGCCGAAGCGUUGAUAGGUGCGGAGAUGUAUGACGAGGCCAUGGCACAGUACCGCGAGGCGCUCGAGAUUAACGACAAUCUGCAGCGGGCAAAGGAUGGCAUCGAACAUGCGCAGCGCGUCCAGAAGCAGGCCGAGCGGCGGGACUAUUACAAAAUUCUCAACGUAAAGCGUACCGCCACGAAACAGGAAAUUGUGAAAGCAUACCGAAAGGCGGCCCAAAAGUGGCACCCGGACAAUUUCCAAGGCGAUCAGAAAAAGAUGGCCGAAAAGAAAUUCAUCGACGUGGCGGCUGCGAAAGAGGUGCUAACAGAUCCGGAGAAGAGGAGACAGUUCGACGCCGGACAGGAUCCGCUGGAUCCCGAAGCGGGCCGGAAUGGGUUCGGUGGAGGUAAUCCGUUCCAUCACUUCCAUCACGGGUCACCCUUCCAGUUCAAGUUCCACUUCACGUAA